CUAGGGAUCAGGAGCAGAGGAGCUGGUAGCCCACACACGACUAGGAGACGAUCCAGCUACCCAGAGCCCCUCCCUGAGACACUGUGCAUGAACCCCCCGCUUCCAAGUAUGAGGAAUCGAAACUCCAUCCACACCGUCCUGUGGUUCUUAGUGCUUGCUUCCUGCAGGGCUGCACCUGGAACCUCAGUUUCCCCAAUCCCAGAGGCCUUGGAGGCCCCGGAGGCCUUGGAGGUCCGGGAGACUAGGAUUACCCAGUGCGCCCGCGGCUCACAGCCUUGGCACGUCUCGCUCUUCAAAGACCUCUCAUUCCGCUGUGCUGGAGUACUAGUGGACCGCAACUGGGUACUAACCGCAGCCCACUGCGCAGAAAGCUGGCUUUGGGCCAAACUCGGUGACUACCAUCUGCUGCUAGCUGAUGGAGGAGAACAACUCAAAAUCAGCUCCGUGAUGAUCCCACACCCCAAGUACAAGGUGGGUUCUGGCCCUUCCUUGCCUGCCCGCACAGAUGAGCACGACCUUCUAAUGAUGAAGCUUCGUCGACCAGCUGUCCUUGGACCUCGGGUCCAGGUCUUACCUCUGGCCAGGACCUGUGCUGCCCCAGGGACUCGAUGCCAGGCUGCAGGCUGGGGCACUACCAGCCAACCCCGAGUGAAAUACAGCAAGAGCCUGUCCUGUGCAGAGGUCACUGUCCUGUCUCCCAAAGAGUGUGCUACUUCCUACCCCGGGGUGCUUACAAACAAUAUGAUAUGUGCUGGCUUGGACAAUGGCCAGGAUGCCUGUCAGAGUGACUCUGGAGGUCCUCUGGUCUGCAAUGGAACCCUCCAGGGCAUCCUGUCCUGGGGCGAUUACCCCUGUGGUUCAGCCCAUCGGCCAGCUGUUUAUACCUGGACCUGUAAAUACUACUCCUGGAUUGAGAAGAUCAUUCGAACCCACUGAACCCCUUACAGCCUUCCCAGUAAUCUUGUGACCCUCAUAUCUUCUGUUCUUCCCACCCAGACCCUGACUGCUUGACCUUAUAACUCCUGUCUGCUUGAGGAUGCCGGCAAUCCUCAGCUUCCCAGCCUCACAGAUGCGAUCCUCUCAAAGAACCAGACACCUGGGCCCACAGCCAUGACCCUCCUCUCUGGGACCCAAGGGCCUGGUCUCCUGGGUGCCUUGAAAGGACUGGGGCAUCCAGUGUCUCACUUCACUUCAGUGAAAGGAUCAAGCAUAGAUUCACAGAGCUUUCAGUCUGCUUAAGAGAGCUGUCCUUAGCAUCAACCUACCUGGGACUUCUGAGGCAGCCCCACUCUUCUUUCCCAAAGCUUUGGGGCAGGUCCCUUACUUCCAACCACUUCCUUUGUCCUCCUGUUUCAUUUCCUGCUUCCUGGUCCUGCUCAAUGACUGUUCUACCUGUCAGAGCAGAUCUCUGAAUCACUGGGAAGCCUCAGUUCCCUGUCUUCCCCUCUUUCAUCUCUGCACACCCCUUACCCUUAGGGUCAGUUGGGACACUGCACUUGGGCCCAUGGACAUCUUCAAAGACAUUUUGGGGAUUCUUAGAAGAUAAGGGAGGAG